UAUAUACGAACACCAGACGAUGCGGCCCAAAAAAGCAACACGCGUCUCGCGGAGGGAAACCCGCUUUUGCCGGGAACAAACGAAACCAAGCGAAGCGAGGAGAAGAUGUUGCUGCACCGGCACCGGCACAGGCUGCUCUGCUGCGGCGGCGGCGUCGCCACCGCCCCCGGCCGGUUCGCCGGCGAUGCCAUCGCGGACCAUCAGCAGGCAGCCGCCGGCGCCAAGAACGCGGCGGCCACGUCGUCCGCGAGGCAGCUGUCGUGGGCGCAGGUGGAGGCCAUGACGCGUGGGUUCACGUCGGCCGUCGUCGGCGAGGGCGGCUUCAGCACCGUCUACCUCGGCCGCGUCGCCGGCUCCCUCGCGGCCGUCAAGGUCCACCGCAGCAGCGAGCGCCUCCAGCGCGCCUUCCGCCAGGAGCUCGACGCCCUCCUCCGCGUCCGCCACCCCCACAUCGUCCGCCUCCUCGCGUUCUGCGACCAGCGAGACGAGGGCGUGCUGGUGCUGGAGUUCGCGCCGAACGGGAACCUGCACGAACAGCUCCACGGCGGCGGCGGCGGCGGCGCGAUGCCGUGGGCGCGGCGGGUGGCGGUGGCGCUGCAGGUGGCGCGGGCGCUCGAGUACCUGCACGACCGGUGCGAGCCGCAGGUGGUGCACGGCGACGUCAAGUCGUCCAACGUCCUGCUCGACGCCGCCAUGGGCGCGAGGCUCUGCGACUUCGGCUCGGCGCGCGCGGGGUUCUCGGCGGCCGUCCACUGCCCGCGCCCGCGUCCGUCGGCGCUCGCCGUGCUCGGCUCGCCGGGCUACGUCGACCCGCACUACCUCCGCUCCGGCGUGGUCACCAAGAAGAGCGAUGUCUACAGCUUCGGCGUGCUGCUGCUCGAGCUGCUCACCGGCACGCAGGCGUUCCGCGACGGCAUGCUGCUGACGGCGGCCGUCGCGCCCAAGCUCAAGGGCGCCGCCGCCGGCGACGUGGAGAAGCUCGUCGACGAGAGGCUAGGGUGCCAGUACAACGCCGCCGAGGCGGCGACCGUGGCGGCGCUGGCGGCGGCGUGCAUCGGCGACAACCCGAGCCUCCGCCCGUCGAUGGCCGACGUUGUACGGACCCUGGAGAAGCCCGCGCAAAAGGCCGGACGGUGACGUGCAAUGUUGUGCGCCGUAGGAUGGUUAGAUAUGACGUGGCAAGUAUCAGGACCGUAGGAUUGGAUGCUGCUCCCGCGCGUGGAACCCCUUGCCGCGAUUGGGUUGGUGAGGAGCAAGAAAGCAAUAGAGACGAAGCGUAUCAAAAUUCAAAAGCAACCAAGCAAGCAACGAUCGAGGGUUUGGUUCGGACAAGGACUUUUUGGAGGAUGUUUGUGCAGUUUUUUCAUAGUAUUUUGGUGGCCGAUCCCGAUCAUUGUUGUUCAUCUUCUACUAGGUCGUUGGCACACAAGUGCAUGCAGCAACUGUAAGAGAGGAUUCAAUCCACAUCCACUGCAUGCAUAUUAAAUUUUUAGAUGUUUUUUGCACGCCUUCUUCCUGCUUCAGCAAGCACCAGCACGUAAAAUAAACGUGCACAAAAUCUGUAAAUACAUUUGUUCAGAGAAUCAUAUGUUUCCAAUUCUCUCAUUUUCUUUUAUUUCUUGAUGAUUGUACUAUAUAUGUUGCCAACUCAUUAAUUGCUUA